AUUUUAACCUGAAGAGUCGCUGGUAUUUCCCAAAACCUGUGUGAAUCAGAGGGAGGGAACAACCAGCUGCAGUGAGAGGAGGAGCUACAGAGGAAAGAGGAGAGCUUACACGUCACACUCAGGAAACGAAAGUUAAGUUAGUCAGAGAGGCAGCCACACUGCAGUCGAGACUAGUCUCUGUUUCUGUCUAAAGAAAAUACAAACUGAGUUCAUCAGGUCUUUCUCAACAACACAGCAGAGUCUCUGUCAAACACUGACGUAGAUAUGGCUGCAGCAAGCUAUCUGCCAUCUGAAGAUCAGUUUCUCUGCUCCAUCUGUCUGGAUUUGUUCACUGAUCCAGUCAGCACAUCAUGUGGACACAACUUCUGUAAAGACUGCAUCACUGAACACUGGGAUACAAGUGACAGGUGCCAGUGUCCCAUGUGUAAAAAAGAGUUCAACACCAGACCUGAGCUGCAUGUUAACACUUUCAUCUCUGAGAUGGUCGCUCAGUUCAGACAGUCGGCUCAACAGAAAGCCAGAAGCAGCAGCAGCUCAGAGCAACAAGUCUUCAAAGCAGGAGAAGUUCCCUGUGACGUCUGCACUGAAACCAAACUGAAGGCCCUGAAGUCCUGCCUGGUGUGUCUGACCUCCUACUGUGAGACUCACCUGGAGCCUCAUCUGACAAAGUCAGUCCUGAAAAGACAUCAGCUGAUCGACCCUGUGGAGAACCUGGAAGACAGGAUGUGUCCAAAGCACGACAAACCUCUGGAGCUCUUCUGUAAGACCGACCAGACAUGUGUCUGCAUGCUCUGCACUGUUUCAGACCACAAGAUGCAUGAUGUGGUUCCUCUCAAAGAAGAAUAUGAAGAUAAGAAGGCAGAGUUGGGGAAGACAGAGGCUAAAAUUCAGCAGAUGAUCCAGAGGAGACGACUGAAGAUUCAGGAAAUCAAACACUCAGUCGACCUCACGGAGAAAGAUGCAGACAGAGAGGUAGCAGAACUUUUUCAGGUUUUCACUGCUCUGAAGGAGUCUGUUGAGAGACUCAUCAACACGAUCAAAGAGAAGCAGAAAGAAACUGAAAAGAAGGCUGAAACUUUAAUCAAAGAACUGGACCUAGAAAUCUCUCAGCUGAAGAAGAGAAGUGCAAAGGUUGAACAUCUCUCACGCUCUGAAGACCACCUCCAUGUCCUCCAGGGUGUCAAGACCCUAAACAUCCAACAUCCAUCACCCACCAAGGACUGGACAAAGGUCAGCAUCCCUCCACCAUCAUAUGAAGGGACUGUGGAAAAUGCUGUGGCUCAGCUGGAACAGACACUCACUGAACUGAGGAAACUGCUUGAGGGAACUGUGGUGAGAGCUGUGGUUCAGCUGGAGGAGACUUUCAGCCAAGAGAUGAAGGAGCUGAUUGAACCUGAGCUGAAGGAUGUCCAGAAGUACGCAGUAAAUGUGACUCUUGAUCCUGAUACAGCACAUCCCAAUCUCAUCCUGUCUGGUGGUGGAAAACGAGUCAGUCUUGGUGAUGUGACAACAAAUCUUGCAUACAACCCAAAAAGAUUUCAUUAUUCCGUUUGUGUUUUAGGGAAGCAGAGUUUCUCUUCAGGCACAUUUUACUAUGAGGUUCAAGUUAAAGGAAAGACUGACUGGGAGUUAGGAGUGGCCAGAGAGUCCAUAAACCGGAUGGGGAAAAUCAGACUAAGCCCUCAGAGGGGUAUCUGGAUUGCCUGGUUGAGAAAUGGAAAUGAGUACAAAGCACUAGAUGAUCCUCCAGUCCUUCUCUCUCUGAAGUCUCAGCCUCAGAAGGUGGGGGUGUUUGUGGAUUAUGAGGAAGGUCUGGUCUCCUUUUAUGAUGUAGAUGUUGCAGCUCUGAUCUACUCCUUUACUGGCUGCUCCUUUACUGAGAAACUCUUCCCAUACUUCAGUCCGUGUGUGAAUGAUGGUACUCAAAACUCUGCACCUCUGAUCAUCUCUCCUGUCAGAGUCAACUAAUCACUUAUCCUAUAUGGAUUUAUUUCCAUUCAAUGUAAUAAACAAACACAUUUAGUAUCAAAACUGUAUAACUUCCAUCUUGUUUUCUACAGAAUCUGUUUACUGUGUGGAUUGGUUCACACUAAAUUGUUAAGAUAUUUGAUAUUAUGUAUCCCAUUACAUAGUCAACACUAUACAUUGAUGCAUCCAUCUUUAUGGAGAAUGAAUAUCCAGUAAACCUCUGAUGAAGCCACAAACAUUAUUUUUCGCUUCAAGAAUAAAUCACCUUUUGUUAUCAAAUGUCACAUUUGAAUGUUGCUAAAUUACUCUAAAGUUAUUUGAUGUGCAGCAAAAAAAAUGUUGGAAUAUUUCAAUGUCAUUAAGGCUAUGCCUAUUCCAUGCCUUCAAUAUGUAGAGAAUAUGUUAUUGUUAUUCUAGCAUAUAACAUUUUUGGACGAAUUGAAUUAAAGUAUACAUGCCAACAUAAUUUUCAUUUUUGUAGGAAUGGUGGUUUGGCUAUUUACUAAUAACUUGGUGUAUGUAAUCUGUAAAUGUGACUGUUAAAUCAAAACUGUAAAAUAAACUAGUUAUU